AUGAGAGGUAGGUGCAGCUGGUGUCCCCGGCUAUUUGAGGAUAAAGGUGGUGGUGUUGUGGAGGGUGGAGAGCAUAGAGCACCGAAGAAAGGAGAUCGUAGUGAUUUAGAGUUAGGAUGGAAGUGGAAUCAACGGGUCGAAGGUAGUGGAGCUUACAUUUAUGUUGGCUGUUGUGGGUCAACGUCAUGUUUUGCGAUUUUUGCAGUUGUUCUUCAAGACAUCAUCCUGCAGUUAUCAGAAGGGAGGGUGAAAAUGGCACAGAUCUUGGCUCCUUCUGCACAAUGGCGGAUGCGAAUUGCAAAGAACUAUACAGAUGCACACCCAUUGACGAAAAAGACAUGGAGCUCUCUUGUUAUGAAACAAAACAAGAAAGAUGCUGUUAAAAGCUCGGGAAGAUUUAAAGUGUGUGCACUCCAGUCUGAAAAUGGCACUAUCAACCGUGUAGAACAGCUGCUAAAUUUGGAUGUAACUCCAUAUUCUGAUAAGAUCAUUGCUGAAUAUAUUUGGAUUGGAGGAUCUGGAAUUGACGUGCGUAGUAAAUCAAGGACUAUCUCAAAGCCAGUCAAACACCCUUCUGAGCUUCCGAAAUGGAACUACGACGGAUCGAGUACAGGACAGGCACCUGGAGAAGACAGUGAAGUUAUCCUAUACCCCCAAGCAAUCUUCAAAGAUCCAUUCCGUGGUGGUAAUAACAUCUUGGUCGUGUGUGAUACAUAUACACCACAAGGUGAGCCAAUUCCAACCAACAAGCGCCACAAAGCUGCUCAGAUUUUUCGCGACCCAAAGGUUGUUGCUGAAGUCCCAUGGUAUGGUAUUGAGCAAGAGUACACCUUGCUCCAAACAAAUGUGAAAUGGCCACUAGGUUGGCCUGUUGGAGGCUACCCUGGUCCUCAGGGGCCUUACUACUGUGGGGCUGGGGCGGAUAAGUCAUUUGGUCGUGACAUAUCCGAUGCCCACUACAAAGCUUGCUUAUAUGCUGGAAUUAAUAUUAGUGGCACCAAUGGAGAAGUUAUGCCCGGACAGUGGGAAUUUCAAGUUGGUCCUAGUGUUGGAAUUGAAGCUGGAGAUCACAUCUGGUGUGCUAGGUACCUCCUCGAGAGAAUUACUGAACAAGCUGGAGUUGUUCUCUCACUUGAUCCAAAACCAAUAGAGGGUGACUGGAAUGGCGCUGGAUGCCACACCAAUUACAGCACAAAGAGUAUGAGAGAAGAAGGAGGAUUUGAAGUGAUAAAGAAAGCAAUUUUGAAUCUCUCACUUCGCCACAAAGAGCAUAUCAGUGCUUAUGGAGAAGGAAAUGAGAGACGGUUGACAGGAAAGCACGAAACUGCUAGUAUCAACACAUUUUCAUGGGGAGUUGCUAAUCGUGGUUGCUCAAUCCGUGUGGGUCGUGACACUGAGAAGGAGGGCAAAGGUUACCUGGAAGAUAGGCGUCCAGCUUCAAACAUGGAUCCCUACGUCGUGACUUCCUUACUUGCCGAAACUACUUUAUUAUGGGAACCAACACUAGAAGCUGAAGCCCUUGCCGCGCAGAAGCUGUCAUUGAAGGCCAUGGCUUAUGGAGCAGGGAAAUCAGCAGCAUUCGCUCUUUUAAUACUCAAUGUCAUUCUCUAUUUCAUCAUCGUCGCCAUUGCAGCGUGGGCUGUAAAUCAUGGAAUCGAACAAACGCAUGAAACAGCAUCUGUUCUAUCUCUCCCAGCUCGAAUCUUUCCAAUAUACUAUCCAUUUGGAAAUAUGGCUACUGGUUAUGUCGUAAUUCUGUCACUCUUAGCUGGGGUUGUGGGCUUCACCACCUCAGUUUCUGGAAUCAGUAAUGUGAUUCAAUGGGAUUCCCCAAAUCUACAUGCUGCUGCUGCAUCUUCUUUGGUUACUUGGUUACUUACACUGCUUGCAAUGGGGUUAGCAUGCAAAGAGAUCGAUAUAGGCUGGACUCAAUCAAACUUGAGGACGUUGGAGACCCUGUUGAUAAUUGUGAGUGGAACUCAGUUAUUCUGCACUGCUGCUGUCCAUGUUGGUCUUGACAGUGUAGCUGCAAGAGAGAGUCUAUACUAUUCCAAGAAACCAAGAAUCAAUGUCAAGUGCACUGCAGAUAGUAACAGUGAAGCAAUUGGGGGCACAAAAAAGUGGGAAAAAUGGGUACCCAGAAAUCUUUUUGCAGCAGAGAAAGUAUUUAGAUUGAUAUCUGGGGCAACCUCCAGCCCCAUUGCCCAGUACAUAUCCUCUCCCACCACUUUCUUGCACUCCGUCGAUCCCAGAAUUAAGCUGGCAUGGGUCCUUACUCUAGUUAUUUUACCAGCUAGGUCAGACAUUGCGGUGCGCCUGGGAAUAGUCAUCUAUCUUGCCUUAUUGUCCAUAAGGGUUCAGCCCUCUGAGGUGUGGAUGGAUCAACUGGGAAGAGUGUCGCUGUUGUGUGGAUUCUUAUUUAUAGUACUGGGGCUUGGUACUGAUAGCACACCUUCCCUCUUAUGUUCAAGAACCCCACCAUCUUCAAUGACUGGAUUACCAAGUCUUCAAGCAUCUUUUGAGGGUUAUAGAUAUGUACUUUUGAAGUUCGGGCCAUUACAACUUACAAGAAAGGGUUUAUCAGCGGCUAGUACAGCUGCAUGUUUAACAUUCACCAUCUUUCAAAGUGCUAGCCUUUGCUUGACGACCACAACACCAGAGCAGCUUGCAUUUGCUUUUCAAUGGUUCAUUCACCCUUUGGCACAUAUUGGUGUUCCAGUAUCUGAAAUCAUCUUUACUCUCUUGCUUUCAUUAAGAUUCAUCAAUCUGGUGUUUGAUGAGGUGCGAAAUGUGGCUCUGGGGAUUGUGUCUCGUCGAAUAAAAUGGGAACAGUUGACAACAAUGGAGACAAUCGAUGUUUUCUUCACAUACAUCCGUCGGAUCUUCAAGAAUAUCUAUAACCAUGCAGAGCAGAUUUCUCAGGCGAUGAUUGUUAGAGGUUUUCGAGGAGACUGCAAUGCUCACAAAAUUUUCUUGUCAGCCGGGCCAUCUAUGGCAAUGCCAAAUAUUAUUUCUUUCUCUUGCCUUGUUGGUCUUAUAGGUGCUGCCACUUUGUCCAAAUACAUUAUUGUUUGA